AUGAACAAAUUUUGGGAAACUGGUAGAAAGAUUGUUGCAGUAGGAAGAAAUUAUGCACAACAUGCUAAAGAAUUAGGAAAUGAAAUUCCAUCAGAACCAUUCUUUUUUUUAAAACCAACUUCAAGUUAUUUACUUCAAGGAACUGGUCCAAUUGAAAUCCCAUUAGAAUCAUCAGAUAUUCACCAUGAAGUUGAAUUAGGUAUUGUCAUUGGUAAAAAAGGUAGAGAUAUUGAUUUAAAAUCUGCAAUGGAUUAUGUUAGUGGUUAUACAUUAGCUUUAGAUAUGACUUCAAGAGAUCAACAAUCAAUUGCCAAAGCUAAAUCAUUACCAUGGACAGUUUCAAAAGGUUAUGAUACAUUUUGUCCAAUUUCUGGAUUUAUACCAAAAGAUAAAAUUAAAGAUUUAAAUAAUGUUGAAUUAUGGUGUAGUGUCGAUGGUCAAAUCAAACAAAAAGGUAAUACCAACCAAAUGAUUUUCGAUGUUCCACAUUUAAUUCAAUAUAUUAGUUCAAUUAUGACAUUAGAAUCUGGCGAUUUAAUUUUAACUGGUACACCUUCUGGUGUUGGUCCAGUAAAACCUGGACAAGUAAUUAAAUGUGGUAUCACUGGUUUAGAUACUGACAUGCAAUUCGAUAUCAUUUUAAGAAAGAGAAAUUAA